CUUGAGCUUAUGCCCAACUCUUCUCUUAAUGGCAUUGAUUUUCUCGCUCUUUCGCAAGAAAAUUAAUACAGACUUGCUGCCUCCAGGGCCAAAACCAUGGCCUUUCAUUGGAAACCUCCCAGAAAUGCUAAAAAACAAGCCUACAUUCCGAUGGAUACACAAACUGAUGAAGGAAAUGAACGUCGAGAUAAUGUGUAUCCGUGUUGGCAACAUUCAUGUAAUUCCAAUCACUUCUCCAGAAAUCGCACAAGAGUUCUUAAAAAGACAAGACGCUGUUUUCGCCUCCAGACCUGAUUGUUUGUCUGCAAAAAUUGCGAGUAGAGGAUACUUAUCAACCGCACUUGUGCCUUUGGGAGAACAAUGGAAGAAGAUGAGGAGAGUCCUCGCUUCUGAUGUCCUUUCACCAGCUAGACAUCUUUGGCUUCACGACAAGAGAGCCGAAGAAGCUGAUCAUCUCGUCAAUUUUGUGUACAAAAUGUGCAUGAAUUCUUCAACAAGCGGUGUGGUAAACGUAAGGGUUGUCGCACAACACUACUGCGGGAAUGUGAUAAGGAGGAUGAUUUUUAACAAGAGGUUCUUCGGGCGCGGGCGAGAAGAUGGAGGACCAGGUGUUGAAGAAGAAGAGCACAUCGGUGCGCUUUUCACCAUUCUUUCGUACCUUUACUCUUUCUGUGUCUCUGAUUAUUUACCAUUCUUGAGAGGUCGUCUUGAUUUGGAUGGCCAUGAAAAGAUCAUGAGGAAGGCCAUUGCAAGUGUAGUGAAAUAUCAAGAUCCCAUAAUUGAUGAGAGGAUCAAACAAUGGAAUGAUGGUACAAAGAGAAAUCAAGAGGACUUACUUGAUGUUCUCAUUAUGCUUAAAGACACAAGGUACUCCAUUACUCAUUCGGAAGAGAUCAAAGCACAGAUCGUCGAGUUGAUGAUAGCAACAGUGGACAACCCAUCAAAUGCAGUGGAAUGGGCACUUGCUGAAAUGAUAAAUCAAUCUGAGACCUUAGAAAGAGCCGUUAAGGAAUUGGAUAGAGUGGUAGGCAAAGAAAGACUAGUUCAAGAAUCUGAUCUCUCACAACUCAAUUACAUCAAGUCAUGCGUGAAAGAAUCCUUUCGUCUCCACCCCAUUGCGCCCUUCAACGUUCCUCACGUUUCCAUCUGCGACACCACAAUUGCCAACUACUUCAUUCCGAAUGGUAGCCAUGUGUUGCUAAGUCGCCCUGGACUCGGCCGAAACCCUAGAGUUUGGGACGAGCCACUCAAGUUUAAACCAGAGCGCCACCUCAAAGAUGAUGGCUCGGAUGUUCUUCUCAUUGAUCCUAAUUUGCGCAUGUUAUCGUUCAGCAUUGGAAGACGUGGAUGUGCAGGAGUUACACUGGGGUCUACCAUGACUGUGAUGCUAAUGGCUAGGCUCCUCCAAGGGUUCACUUGGAACUUGCCACCCACUGCGUCACAAAUUGAGCUUAAAGAGUCUGUGAGUGACUUAUUGCUUGCUAAACCUCUAUUUGCUCUAGCAAAGCCAAGGUUGCUUGAGAACUUGUAUCUUUCAGUUUGA